CGUCAGCAGCUCCGGCUCACGUUCCUGUGCUUGAGACUGGACAUUACCUAGCAUCCAGGAACCUACCCAGGCCGCAGCCCCUGUCCUGACGCAGCGUGCCAUAGCUCUUUCGAUUCGGACGCCAGGCGACACAGCCCAGCUAGUUCAGUAAAUUCAAACAGCCCAGAAUGGAUCUCUUUGAGACGCUGGGCCUAGGUCCACGUCAGCCGGAGGAAAACGAGUUAUAUAUUGCCAUCUACGCUGACCCCGAGGGCGAGGGAGAUGCAGUGGAGGGAGUCGAGGGGGCAGCAGCGAAGCCUGCUGAUGAGGGCGUAGGGCCCUAUAGCGUGGUUGGUGGUGUUGCUGGUGGUGAUGCUGUCGACGAGGCCGCAGAAGCCGCCCGGCUGGAGGCCUUGAGGGCCCGAUGUACGGCAUGGUUGUUGCCGUACAUCUCGGAUUACAUUUGGAACAAAGAUCCGCUUGUGCUACGGAGCUCAGCCCGCCAGCCGCCACCUUGGGAGCGAAAAAGGGGGCGAUGGCAGCAGCAGCGGCGGCCGCAGCAGCAGCGGGGACAGCACCACCAUGCUAGCGGAGGCGCUGGCAGCGGCAGCAGCGGCGGCGGCGAGGAGGCGGGUGCUGCUGAGGGUUGCGUGUGGUCGGUGGUUCGGUUCGGCGACGCGGUGGAUGACGAGUGGUGGGCGGUGUGGCUGCUGCUGCGGAUGAGCCGCGAGCUGCAGGACCUCAGUGUGCAGGUGUGGGACAACGACGGCCAGUUCCUGCUCAUCGAGGCCGCCUACGCGCUGCCCCGCUGGCUGAAGCCCGAGACCGCGGAGCACCGCGUGUGGCUGCGGCGCGGGCGGCUGCACGUGCUGCCGCUGCCCUCGCCCGCCGCGCCCGACCUGCCCGCCUGCCCCACCCGCCAACAGGCGCUGAGGGUGCUGCGGGAGGGAAG